AUGUCGAGUCUGGCUUCAACAUCGUUGAGGCAGGCCUCGCGCCUUUGCUUAAAGCAAUCAAAUCCAGCUGCUGGAUUGGUGAGAAGCUCUGCUUUUGCCCGGGUGGCGUCCAUAUCCAACCAAAGAGUAUCAAGGAGGGGUUAUGUUUCGGAGACGAAAAAAGACAGCGCUCAAGUCAAUCUUGAUACCACGAUUCGAUCAGAGCAAAAAUCUUUCUUUGAACAGACUGGCAAACAUGCUGAGGAUCAAUCAAUAUCAGGAGUGUCCGCAAAUGCCGAUGCGAUGAUGAGUCCAAUUGCCGGUGUGCUUAAGCAAGCUACUGUUAUGGACGAAGGCCAGAGACCAAUAUAUCUAGACAUGCAAGCUACCACUCCAUUAGACCCACGAGUACUGGAUAAAAUGCUACCAUUCUAUACCGGUCUAUAUGGCAACCCUCAUUCGAGAACCCAUGCUUAUGGUUGGGAAACUGACCAGGCGUCCGAAGAAGCUAGAGAACACAUUGCCUCACUGAUUGGAGCUGAUUCCAAAGAGAUUAUCUUCACCAGUGGAGCCACUGAGAGUAACAACAUGAGUGUCAAAGGUGUAGCGAGGUUCUUUGGCAGAGCGGGAAAGAAGAGGCAUAUCAUCACAACUCAGACGGAGCACAAAUGUGUACUGGAUAGUUGUAGGCAUUUGCAAGAUGAAGGUUUCGAUGUCACAUAUCUGCCAGUGCAGCAAAAUGGUUUAGUUGAUAUGGUUGAGCUUGAGGCCGCCAUUCGACCUGAAACAGCUCUUGUCAGUAUCAUGGCAGUAAACAACGAGAUCGGUGUCAUUCAACCACUCGCAGAAAUAGGCAAGCUUUGCCGCUCAAAGAAGGUUUUCUUCCAUACCGAUGGUGCACAAGCUGUUGGAAAGAUUCCUUUGGAUGUCAAUGCGAUGAACAUUGAUUUGAUGUCGAUUUCAUCUCAUAAGAUCUAUGGACCAAAAGGUAUUGGUGCAUGUUAUGUGCGCAGAAGACCUAGGGUUAGACUUGACCCAAUCAUCAGUGGGGGUGGACAGGAGAGAGGUUUAAGAAGUGGUACUCUCGCGCCUGCAUUAGUGGUUGGCUUUGGCGAAGCUUGCCGGAUUGCAAAGGAAGAACUAAAUUAUGAUCAUGUUCGCAUCAAGAAGCUCUCUGAUAAACUCCUUAAAGGUCUUCUGACCAUGGAACACACCAGUCAAAAUGGCGACUCAAAUCAUUUCUAUCCGGGAUGUGUUAAUGUCUCUUUCGCCUACGUCGAGGGAGAAUCGCUUUUGAUGGCUUUAAAGGACAUUGCGCUAUCAUCGGGAAGUGCUUGUACUUCUGCCUCACUCGAACCCAGUUAUGUUCUUCGAGCACUUGGCAGUAGUGACGAGAGUGCACACAGCAGUAUCAGAUUCGGUAUUGGACGCUUCACAACGGAGUCUGAGAUCGACUAUGUCUUGAAAGCCGUUGAAGACCGAGUCACAUUCUUACGAGAGCUGAGUCCUCUUUGGGAGCUUGUACAGGAUGGUAUUGCUUUGGACAGUAUUCAAUGGAGUCAGCAUUAG